AUGACUGAUCCUAGAAAACUUUACAUAUAUGACCUCGUCAAGGAAGUCAGUAAGGACGCAUGGAUCAUCAAUGAUGGGGCCUUGAUAACCCGGCACCAUUCUCAACCACCACAACCCUACUGGGAAGGUGAUCAAGGUUCCUUCUUCACCAUGGCGGAAGCCCCUAGCCCGAGACCACCCACUCAAAGGAUCUCCGACGACUGCCCUAUUACAGAUGCUGUUAAAAUGUCUAAUAAGUACUGGGGACUCUUCAAGAUUGGUCAGGCUCACCUCAAAGUCAGCCGCGAUGUUGGAGCACAAGAGCAUAACACGUUAGAAGCUUUGGCAAAGGCGUCUUUUGACUUCAUUGUACCCACUGAAUACUGCCACGCAGUAUACGGUAACUACUAUUACAUCGUCCACACCAUCUUGCCGGGCAAGUCGAUUGCCGAGGUCUGGCCAAAGACAGAUGAUGGAGAGUUGCAGAUGAAGUGGAUGCGUCAGAUAGCAGAAGCCUAUGACCAAUUGUCCAAGUGGCAUAACGAUCGCGUCUGCGGCGUCGAUGGCGGGAACUUGGUGCACCAUCUAUCUAUCCGGGGCGAUUGGAAUGACAGGAACAGCUUUACCCCCGAGGUGAUCCAAAAGAACUAUGAGGAUAUUGGACUAGACUGCUCCGAGUUCGUCUUUGCUCAUAACCAUGCGAUGCCGCUUGCAUUCACGGUCGAUGAAACCAAGGGACUGCUAGGGAUCUCCGCAUGGGGCUCUGCUGGUUUCGUCCCCAGGGAUUGGGUACGUACCACAACACGUACCAACGAUAUGAAUCAGUCUGUGGUCAUUUGCAAAGAUAGUUGGACUCCAAGAGACUUCAACCUGUGGCACAACAAGAUGGAAAUUGCACUGGCCGAGAAGGGCUUCCGGGAGUUUUGGCAAGCGCAUGGCGAUUGGCGUUAG